GAUAUUGAAUUGACCAACUGCUAUGUUUCUGUAAACAACCUCAGAGUUUCCAACAUAUUUACUGCGCAGGUACUCUGAGGAGCUAUGCACAAAAGUGAUUGUUAGGUGCGGGAAAAUCUUAAUGUCAGCACUAUGGGACAUCAGGUGAUAAUAUUUGACUUUUCAGCCAUAAGAAGUUUAUGGGAGAUUCGAGUGAAGAAGCACAAAGAACAUCAGAAAAAGGAAAAGGAAAGAGUAGCUAAGAGCGCACUAGAGAAGAUAAGGCAAGAAUGGGAUAUUAUGCUUGAGUGCAGAAGAAAAGGCAUUGCACAGGCUGUGUAUUUGAAUAAUGGUUUCAUAGAUACUAACAAAAUUUUGGAUAAAAUUGAAAAGAACUCACCACUGACUAAGAAGAUUGCCUUGUUGAAUGAGAAAGAAAGAAGCAAAUUUAUUUUUCAACUUUCAGGAGAACACUGGACAGAAUUCCCCGAUUCGCUGAAAGAGAAAACAUACCUAAAAGAAUGGCACAUAAACAAUACUAAGAUCUCAAGCAUUCCAAGUUACAUUGCCUUGUUUCAGGAACUGAGAAUUCUUGAAUUAUCCAGUAACCAGAUUACAGAUCUCCCUGUUGAAAUUGGUUGUUUAAAAAACCUGAAAGAGCUCAACGUAAGUUUUAACCGUUUGAAGACUGUCCCUCCAGAACUGGGAAACUGUGAGAAUCUUGAAAAACUUGAUUUGUCUGGAAAUUUAGAACUAACGGAGCUUCCAUUUGAACUAAGCAAUUUGAACCAAGUGACAUUUGUGGAUGUAUCAGCAAACAAAUUCUUUUCAAUCCCUAUAUGUGUGCUCCGGAUGUCAAAUCUUCAGUGGCUUGAUAUAAGUAACAACAGUCUGAAAGAUCUCCCACAAGACAUAGAUAGGCUAGAAAAGUUACAAACUCUUCUUCUGCAGAAGAACAAGUUGACCUACCUUCCACAAGCAUUGGUCAACUUACCAAAACUCAGUUUAUUGGUUGUGAGUGGUGAUGAUUUGGUUCAGAUGCCCACAGCAAUUUGUGACUCUACCACGGGCUUGAAAUUUAUAAGCCUCAAGGAUAACCCUCUUGAAAGGACCUCAUUUCAGGAGAUUCCAGAAAUAACGGAAAGUGACCGUGACCGUGAGCUGUUUGAAAAAGAAUUUAUGAAAGCCUACAUUACAGAUGUACGAGAGAGAGAGACUGUUCCUUGCUAUACUACAAAAGUAUCGCUUAGCAUCCAAAUAUGAACAGUGGAAUUUCUACAAGCAGGAACUCUAAAGACUUACUGCUGCCAGAUGAAUUAGAAACCAUCCUCAGUAUCCAACAGCAACAAAAGCUCUUUUUAAGAAGAAAAGAAUAAGCUAUCAAUAAUAACAAAAGUGGAUGCAUAAUGGAAGAUUUAAAUGAUGGGUAGGCAUUUGAUAGUUGCAGUCAUGUGUAACCAUGGCUGCAUUUACUUUACAAAAAGUUUCUUAAAUGAAAACAAUAGAACAGUUUAGGCUUUAAAGCAUGUGCUGUAAUGGAUUUUUUUUUCAGACCAAACAAUAAACAUUCUGAUUCUUUAAUAUCCUCUCUUCAGUGAUAGUCAUUUGAGCCCUGUGAUCUACUGAAGAAUUAUUAGAAUCAAGGUGUAAUUAACUGUGCAACCCUAUGCAUGUUUACUCAGUUCUACUCUGCACAGUUCACUGUCAGAAAAGUAAACCCGGUCCCUGAAUUCAUUACAUCUUCUGUGGAUCCAUCUUUCAUCUCGGAGUUCAAAGUGGUUACAGGGAUGGAUCUACACCACCUUGUGAGUUAGAUCUGUCUGACACAUAGUGAUUAGCCUAAAGUCACCCAUGGAAUGUGGACCUGAAUCUAGUCACCCUAUUUGCAGUUCAACAACUUAAUUACUUUCUCAGAUGGGAUGAAAGGUUUG